AUGGCAGAAAUUGUGACAGGACUAUGUGAUCGACCGCCCAACUGGCACAAGGAAGCAGAUGGAAGAGUCUACCCAAUGAACAUAAGGAGAGAGAACAAACGUCCUACUGACGAGUCACCCCCUCCUCCGCCAGACAUGUCGUGCUACAGCCCGUGCCAGACAGCCGCCUGCGGCCCAGCCCCGCUUGCCAACAGCUGCAACGAGCCGUGUGUUCUUCGUUGUGCCGACUCCAGCGUUGCGAUCCAGCCCCCACCGGUCGUGGUGACGCUGCCGGGCCCAAUCCUCAGCUCCUUCCCUCAGAGCACAGCCGUGGGAUCCACAGCGUCCGCUGCCGUGGGGAGCUCUCUCAGCGCUGGCAGUGUGCCCAUCGGUGCUGGGGGCUCCCUGGGCCUGGGGGGCUUUGGGUGGUCAGGGCUGGGCCGUGGGCUCUGUGGGACUCUGGGACGUGGCAACCUCUUCUGCUAA